AUGGAUUUCCCUUCCUUGUAUCCGGGUGCACCCACAAGCCCUCAAAGCUUGUACUUCUACACCGCACCAUCGAGCCCUAUGCAGCCAAACGACCUUGAUCACUCGGCGUCAAAUGGCUAUGAGUUUGAAUUCAAGGUCACUAGCCGGAUGUUUAUCAAUCGUUGUGAGUCUCGAGAAACGUAUCCCUCUUUUUGGUGGACAAAGAAAAAUGAGAAUGAACAGCAACAAAUGUAUCGUUUACCUGGACGGGCUAAAUCAUUUUGUAGCGGGGAGGUAAAUUUGCCUUUGAAACCGCCUCCAAGGAUCCAGAGUACAUCGGUUUCAUCAUCACCAAGCAGGUCUCCAAACUCGUUUCUAAGGAAUCCAUUUGCUCGGUCUUGUGCUUGGAAUGAUGAUUUUGAUCCUUUUCAAUUUGCUUUGGAGAAAGUUAGUGAUGAAACAAGGGCAAGAAUGAGUUUUCAUAGACGGUCACAGUCAUAUUCUGCGUAUCGAACUAGUGGUGUCGCACAUUGGCUCGAUCAUGGCUUGGUGGACCAGAAUAACGAGCACCAUAAGCAAGGGAGAAAGCCUAAUUGUAAGGGAUCCUCGACUUUCGAACAUGGUAUGCGUAUGAAGCCUAACGAACAUUUGAAACCGAGGGGACCAACACUCGCGGAAAUGUUGGAGAGCAGACAACCGGUAUACCCAAGACGUGGCAUUCAUAGUACAGAACCCAUUGCCAAAUUGCGGUCAAAGAAUCCGAUGGUUCGGACGACUAAAGAUCCAAGGUUUGGGAGAAGGGUGAAAGAUUCAGCCCAUGAGCCCAUAAAAGCUAGAAACGAGUCAAAUAGUGGUACAGAAUCAAAGAUGCAUAGAGUGAUGUCUUUUUUGUUCAAGUUAAAAAAGAGUAAUAAUAAUGAAAAUAGAAGAUGGAAAUUACGUCGUUGCUUAGGAUAUGCUCCUAAGAGCCCACCAUUUAUGAAGUAAAAUAGUUUCAUAGGACUUCCUUUAUUUGUGAUUUAAGUAACAUAAAUAUAAAAAUGCAUGUUACUACUUCUA